ACGCCACAUAUUUGAUUGACAGGACAGAGCACCAGACCACCCUGACGACUGUAGGGACAAGCAGCGGCUGUCGUCACAGCACACCUGGUCGGACUGCAGAGACUCAGAUCAGCACUCUCCAAGGCCACAGAACGAAGUGUGUCAUCGGAGGGCGGCUGGAUCCCAGGGCAAAACGGAGCUCAUGUCUUAUACUUCCAAACUCCCGCCCUCCUGGAACGACAGGCCGCCUCCUCGCCAAGUGGAGAUUGACCUGAGCUCCCCUGGGCUGGCUGUGUUCGAGCUGGAGAGGCUGCUCUACACAGGGAAGGCGAUUGUCAGCCAUGCUGACGAGGUCUGGCCCAAGCUCUACAUUGGAGACCAGAGCAGCGCGGAUAACCGAAGCGAGCUCACCCUCCACCGCAUCACGCACGUGUUGAACGCGGCCCACAGCAGGCUGAGGGGAGGGGCAGAGACCUACCAGGGCAUGAACAUCACCUACCAGGGCAUCGAGGGCCGCGACUGCUGCGACUACGACAUGAGCGCCAACUUCCAGACCUCGGCAGACUUCAUCUACAGGGCACUCAGUGGAGGAGGUACAGUUCUGGUGCACUGUGCGGUUGGCGUGAGCCGCUCAGCCACACUAGUCCUGGCCUAUCUCAUGCUGAAACAGCAUCUGACCCUGGUGGAGGCCAUAUGCGCAGUGAAGGACAACCGGGGCGUCAUCCCUAACAGAGGCUUCCUCAGACAGCUCAUUAAACUUAACGCCAAGAUUCACGGAAAUCACCGUCAAUCGUAGUGGAGGUGGCGAGGGUUCUUUUCCCAUUCACUUGUUGUGGGUUUAUGAGCCUUUUAGGUUUGCAAUGGGAACACGUUUCAGUUCAGUCACUGCUCUACCAAACAGGAUUUGAUACUGUGUUUUGCGUUUGCAUAGCCUAUUUCAUGUAGGCUAAACAAAAUGUAAAACUGUUCAUGGGUUGUUUACAUAUGUAGUAUUCUGUAGCCUAUGUAAUCUGGGACAUUUUUGGCAUGCAUUUUCUCAUCUGAGCUUCCUGAUUGACUAGUGCCCUGACCCUUUCUGUGACACCACACCAAUCAGGUUUUGUGAUUUCAGUCACAUAACAUCCAUGCUAAACCUAGUUAAAGUUCUGUGGACUAGACAUUGUCAUAGCUGGGAAGAAAACGCUCUGGAGUUUAGGUGUCAACAUUACCUAAUGUCCCAGAUUGCCCAAAUCACCAUAUGUAUUUGUCUGGCAUAAGUUAAUAAACAUUUUGAACUUCCCAUUUUCAA